AAAGAUGGCGGCGCCCAGAGUGGCUGCGUGAAAGUUGGAGUAGAAAGACUUGGUCUGGUGGAGCUGGGAUAAAAAGCGGUGGGGACCUUGCGCCAUGUCGCGACUGAUCGUGAAGAACCUCCCGAAUGGGAUGAAGGAGGACCGCUUUCGGCAGCUGUUUGCCGCCUUCGGCACGCUGACCGACUGCAGCCUCAAGUUCACCAAGGAUGGCAAGUUCCGAAAAUUUGGCUUCAUCGGCUUCAAGUCCGAGGCUGAGGCCCAGAGAGCCCUGAGCCAUUUCAACAAGAGCUUCGUAGACACGGCGCGCAUCACGGUGGAGUUCUGCAAGUCCUUUGGGGACCCGACAAAGCCCCGAGCCUGGAGCAAGCAUGCCCAGAAACCCAGCGAGCCCAAGAAGUCGUCGCAAGACUCUGCUUGCCCAGAAACUAAGAAAGACAAGAAGAAACGGGAACCUAGUGACCUGGAGAAGCUGAAGAAAGAUACAGAGUUCCAGGAGUUCCUGUCAGUUCACCAGAAGAGGACGCAGGUGGCCACAUGGGCGAAUGAUGCACUGGACACCGAUCCCCCGAGAGGGAAGAGCAAGCCAGCCAACGACUACCUGAACUUUGACUCGGACUCUGGGCAGGAGAGCGAGGAGGAGGAGGAGGAGGAGGAGGAGGAGGAGGAGGAGGAGGAGGAGGAGGCGGCAAAGGCAGCCAGGCAGGAGCCCAAAGAGGCACAGGGCCUCGGGCCCAAGGCAGCCACGCACAAGGAGCUGUCAGACAUGGAGUACCUGAAAUCCAAAGUGGUGCAGGCUGACUCGGCCUCUUCCUCAGAUGAGGAAGAGGAGGAGAGUGAAGAUGAAGCUGUGAACUGUGAUGAGGAAAGUGAGACUGAGGAAGAGGAGGCCUCCGCCGUGCCAGCCCAGCAGGAGACAGAAUGCGGGAGGACAAGCCUGGGGCAGCGGGCCCUGCCUGGGCGUGGGAGACCUCAGGACAGGAAAGCCGAGACACAGAAGCCAGCCACCCAGAACGAGCCCACCACCCCCCACACAGUGAAGCUGCGAGGCGCACCAUUCAAUGUCACAGAGAAAAAUGUUCUAGAAUUCCUGGCCCCCUUGAAGCCAGCGGCCAUUCGAAUAGUGAGGAACGCUCAUGGGAACAAGACAGGGUACAUCUUUGUGGAUUUCGGCAGUGAAGAAGAAGUGAAAAAAGCUCUGAAAUGCAACCGCGAGUACAUGGGUGGGCGUUACAUCGAGGUGUUCAGGGACAAGCAAGUCCCUGCAGCCAAGGCACCUGUGAAGAGUAGCAGCAAAGCUUGGCAGGGCCGGACGCUGGCCGAGAAUGAGGAGGAGGAGGACCUGGCCGACUCCGGGAGGCUCUUUGUGCGCAACCUGCCCUACACCAGCACCGAGGAGGACCUGGAGAAGCUCUUCUCAGCCUAUGGUCCCCUGUCUGAGCUGCACUACCCCAUCGACAGCCUGACCAAGAAGCCCAAGGGCUUCGCCUUCGUCACCUUCCUGUUCCCCGAGCACGCUGUGAAGGCCUACGCAGAGGUGGACGGGCAGGUGUUCCAGGGCCGGAUGCUGCAUGUGCUGCCGUCCACCAUCAGGAGGGAGGCCAGCGAGGAGGCCAGUGCCCCCAGCUCGUCUUACAAGAAGAAAAAGGACUCCAAGGACAAAGCCAACAGCUCCAGCUCCCACAACUGGAACACGCUGUUCAUGGGGCCAAACGCUGUGGCCGACGCCAUCGCGCAGAAGUACAGCGCCACCAAGAGCCAAGUGUUCGACCACGAGACCAAGGGCAGUGUAGCCGUGCGUGUGGCCCUGGGGGAAACACAGCUGGUCCAGGAGGUGCGGCGCUUCCUGCUCGACAAUGGGGUCUGCUUAGACUCCUUCAGCCAGGCCGCAGCAGAGCGAAGCAAGACAGUGAUUCUGGCCAAGAACCUCCCGGCAGGCACCCUGGCAGCCGAGCUGCAGGAGACUUUCGGCCGCUUUGGCAGCCUGGGCCGGGUGCUGCUGCCUGAGGGUGGCAUCACGGCCAUCGUGGAGUUCCUGGAGCCCCUGGAGGCCCGCAAGGCCUUCACACACCUGGCCUAUUCCAAGUUCCACCACGUGCCUCUGUAUCUGGAGUGGGCCCCCAUGGGAGUCUUCUCCAGCACAGCACCACAGAUGGAAGUGCCCCAGCAUGCAGCAGCAGAGCCUGUGGGAAAGGAUGAGGAGGGACCGGAAGCUGUAGCUGACAGCGAGACGCUAGAAACUGAAAAGCCAGUGGAAGAAGAAUUAGUAGCCUCCUCCACCAAGAAGGAAGAAGAGGAAGAAGAAGAGGAGGAGGAGGAGAGUCUUCCAGGGUGUACUCUGUUUGUUAAAAACCUCAACUUCGACACUACAGAGGAGACGCUGAAGGAAGUGUUUUCCAAGAUGGGUGCGCUGAGGAGCUGCUCCAUUUCCAAGAAGAAGAGCAAAGCAGGUGUGCUGCUGUCCAUGGGCUUUGGAUUUGUGGAGUACAGGAAGCCAGAGCAUGCACAGAAGGCCCUCAGGCAGCUCCAGGGUCACACCGUGGAUGGCCACAAGGUGGAAGUGCGGAUCUCAGAGCGAGCCACCAAGCCAGCCCUGACAUCUGCCCGGAAGAAGCAGGUGGCCAGGAAGCAGACGACCUCCAAGAUCCUGGUACGGAACAUCCCCUUCCAGGCUGACCUCCGAGAGAUCCGAGAGCUGUUCAGCACCUUCGGGGAGCUGAAGACGGUGCGUCUCCCAAAGAAGAUGACAGGGACAGGCAUGCACAGAGGGUUCGGCUUCGUGGACUUCCUCACAAAGCAAGAUGCAAAGCGAGCCUUCAAUGCCCUGUGUCACAGCACCCACUUGUAUGGCCGGAGGCUGGUCCUGGAGUGGGCAGACUCUGAGGUGACCCUGCAGGCCCUGCGGCGGAAGACAGCUGAGCACUUCCAUGAGCCCCCGAAGAAGAAGUGGUCUGCAGUGUUGGAUGGGAUCCUGCAGCAGCUGGAGGACAGCGCAAGCGACAGUGAGGAGCAGAGCCUUCAGCUGUGAGCUGGCACCACCAGGAGCCACCCACACACCUGUGAGAGAAUCCGGCCUAGCACUGAGCCUCCUGGGCCUCCUCCACCCAAGGCCUCCAUGAGAAAGAGACCAGCAACCCAGACAUGCAGGGCUGAGCCCUGGCCACCUGCCUUUCUCGCCCCAGGCGGCCACCAAGAAGCCAUCUGCGUCUGUCCCAAGGACUAGGCCUGCGUCUCUCGCCUCCUGGCCGUGGGGACCACAGCCUGCUUCUGUUACCCUGAGACAUCGCUGAGAGUCUCCAACACCAGGCUAACAGGGCACAGUGGGACGCAGGGGGGUGUAGAACACAGGGAGGGUCUGCACCCAGCCAGCAGCGUCCCCGCUAGUCUGCCAGGAAGCACUGUGCGCAUGCCCUCUCCACCCCAUGUGGGUCAGCACAGCCCAAGGCCAGGUGACCUGGACCGGACGGGGGGCUAUAGCCCCUCAGCCCAGGCUAAAUCCCUGCACAAGCUGCUCCAGCCAUGCAAUCCAGAACAUGCCAGCCCCAAGGCCUGGCCAUUCCUGUGUCCAGCAAGGUGGGUGCUGCCUGCCUCAUGUGGGCGGUGCUGGAGAACAGUGGGUCGGUCCAGUAAACUCUCGACAUUCA